AUGGCUGAAAAGAAUUCAAAUGAAUCAAGUCCAUCACCAAGUGAUUCAUCUAAUAAUGUAGAUGAUACCACAUAUACUGCUGCUGAUCUUGCAGAGAAGCCAUUUACAUGUGAACAUACCAGUUGCCAUAAGCGAUUUGCAAAUAAAUUUUUAUUGAAGAAGCAUCAAUUUAUACAUACUGGAUUACGACCCCAUUGCUGUCCAUUUUGUGGCAAAAGGUAUCAAAACUUUUGA